AUGCCAAGAAGCAGGAUACCUGUAGAGGUUGCUGAGGUGGAAGAUCUAUCUCAGUUGAAAGAGGUGUGCGAGAGCUCUGUGAUUUUGAAUUUGAAGAAGAGGUUCCACUGCGACUGUAUUUAUACUUACAUUGGAAACAUGCUACUGUCCAUUAACCCCUUCAAGCUUCUUAACAUCUACACAGCUGAGCUGAGACAGCAAUACCAGGGAAGACAGCAGCAGAAAAACCCACCCCAUGUGUAUGCCAUAGCUGAGGACACCUUCACACAGUCGCAGGCCUCAACACAGGAGCAGUGCAUCAUUAUAAGUGGCCAGAGUGGUUCAGGGAAAACAGAGGCAACCAAGCUGAUAGUCCAUUACCUCAGCACCAUGUACCAGGGCAGAAACAACAAUCUACGACAGCCCAUGAAGGUCUUUCCAAUUCUUGAGAGUUUUGGCAAUGCCAAGACCAUCCUCAACGACAACUCCAGCCGCUUUGGCAAGUACCUCCACAUCCACAUUCUAUGUGGUGUUGUUGUCGGGACCUCAUUGUCCAGAUAUCUCCUGGAGAAGUCCAGGGUUAUAUUUCAGGCCAAUGAGGAGAGGAACUACCAUGUAUUUUAUGAGAUCCUCGCAGGGAUGAACGACUGGGACAAACAGGAGCUCUACCUACAGGGACCUGAGACCUAUUACUACCUAAAUCAAGGUGUUGCCUGUAAAUUGAAUGGGAAGCAGGACAAACAGGACUUCCAGCUUUUGGUUCAUUGCUUUGAGACCAUUGGACUCCAUGCUAACCAGGUCUCCACAAUUUGGGCAAUUCUGUCCUCAAUUCUGCAGCUAGGCAACAUCUGCUUCAGCUCAUAUGAGCAUGAGUCCUUUGAGGUGUCUCACAUCUUCAGCGAUGCUGAGACCAGAAGAGUUGGCUCCUUGUUGCAGAUUUCUUCAGAAGCCCUGCAGACCAUCAUCACUCACAGAGUCACAGAGACAACCUAUGAAAAGAUCUACUGCCCCCUGUCUGUGGAACGUGCCAUAGAAUCCCGAGAUGCCAUUGCCAAAGCCUUGUAUUUGGUUUUGUUUGACUGGUUGUUGGAGCAGAUCAAUGACUGGCUGAGUCCCUCAAAGAUGGACAGCACAGUAGGGGUUCUGGACAUUUAUGGAUUUGAGGACUUGAAAGUUAACAGCUUCGAGCAGCUUUGUAUCAACUUUGCCAAUGAGCAGCUGCAGCACUUUGUCAACAAGGCAGUGAUCUCUCAGGAGCAGGAAGAAUACAGUGCAGAACAGAUCCAGUGGAACUUCAUGCAUCUCAAGAACUUCAACUCCUGUCUGGAACUGAUUUCCUCUAGGCCACAAGGCAUCCUGCAUAUAUUGGAUGAGCAGACUUGCCUCCCCCAGGCCACUGACCACACCUUCCUCCAGAAAUGCCACUACCACCAUGGGAACAGCCCCCACUAUGCCAAGCCAAAAAGUCCACUUCCAGUCUUUACUAUUUAUCACUAUGCUGGACCUGUCACUUAUCAGGUUCAGAAUUUCCUGAAUAAGAACCAUGACCAGUUCAAGACAGAAGUGGUUGAACUUUUUGCCAGGAGUCAGUUAAAGAUGGUGUCAGAGAUGUUCCAGAAGGUUCAUGAUGAUUACAUUCAGCAGAGAGAGCUUGGCUGGAGAAGGAAAGGCCUUCGCCAGCAGCACUUUACUGCUGCCUCACACUUCCUCCAGUCCUUGAAUGAACUCAUCACUCGCCUGGAGAGAUGCAAAACUACGUUUAUUCGUUGUCUGAAGCCAAACUAUGUUAAGCUACCAGGUAUCUUUGAUGUGGACUAUAUGUCAGCCCAGCUGAGGCAUGGAGGGAUGCUGGAGACUAUCCACAUCCGGAAAGAGGGUUUUCCCAUCCGGCUUCAAUACUCGUACUUCAUAGAAAGGUAUGGGCUUCUGUUGACCCAGCAAUUGAGUGAGGUGUCAGACAAAGAAAAGACACUGGCUUUGCUGGACAUGGUUGGUGCAGAGGAAGAACACUACAGACUGGGUCUUACCAAGCUGUUCCUCAAGGAGAUUCUGUACAAGCAGCUGGAGGAGAAGUGGAACAGCACUCAGACCUGGGCUGCCAUCACCAUCCAGAGGAACAUCAGGGGCUUCCUCUGCAGAAGGAACUUCAAGUUCUUCAGACAAAAAGCCAUUGUCAUUCAGAGCCACAUUCGAGGACACCAGGCCAGGAAGUACUACAAGCGUCUGAAGCAGUCCUUCACCCAGUUCUGGGCGGUUAUGCUGGUAACAAGAGACACCAUUAAGAGACGUCAUUGGAGGAAGGAAUUUCACAAGGGGAACAAAAAAACUGUAACAAAGACAGAGUCUGUCUUUGCAGGAAUGGAUGUGGGCAAGUUGGAGAUCCCUGCUGAGCUGUCAGCCAGACUCUUCAGUGCUGCAGGGUUGCAGCAUUUGCUACGGGUAAUAGAGGUUGCACCUCCACAGGUGAAGGCAGAACACAAGCUCAAACUGCCUCUGGAUAUAGACAGAUAUCCAUUCUCUCGCUAUGCCAAGUCCAUAUUAAAGGAUACAUGGUGUCAGCCUCAGGGAUACUCCCUUCAAAGGCCACUCACCUCUCUGGAGCCAGAAGAUGCAAAAACUGCCCUGGAAAUUUACAAACUGAUCUUACGUUUUACAGGGGAAUCAGACCUCAGCAGCUGGCAGGAGCAGAUGCUAGGUAACUACAUUGUUGAGAAGGGGCAGAGCCGACCAGCUUUGAGGGAUGAGAUCCUGGCUCAGCUAGCUCACCACACAUUGGGCCUGCAAGAGGAGCAGGACAUUAUGAGGGGCUGGCUACUGCUGGCCUGCUGCCUCAGUGCCUUUGUCCCAUCUCCCACACUGGACAAACCCCUUCUCAAGUAUGUAUCAGACCAUGGUCCAAGGGAGUACCGUUCGCUGUGCCAGCACAAACUGCUGACUAGUCUGCAGCUACCAGCUCCCACUUCGCGGAUCUACCCACCCACCCAGUUAGAGUGGAUGGCCAGCCAGAGGAAGGGCACAAUGCAGGUGGAAGUUCAAACCUUCAAUGAUGAGAAGCUGACAACUGAAGUUGAAUCAUGGACCACUGGCGAGCAGCUAGCAGCGUGGCUUCUUCAUUUCAGAGGUGUGUCUGGGGCAGUACAAGGCUGGUCAGUGUCUCUGCUGAGUGAUGAAGGCUGGUCAGAUCUAGCUGGCUCCGAUUUUGUCAUGGAUCUGCUGGCUGGAGCAGAGGCUGACGUGCUGCAACCAAUAGAAUCAGCCUCCUCUACAAACUCUGACUACCUGUUCAGCAGUCACGGAGACAGAUUGCCGGCUACAGAUAUAGAUGACCUCAUCCCUCCGGCACCGCCAGGGCAAGCUCCUGGGCUUCCCCCUUAUGAGAGAAGCCCCUGGGAAUCAGAUUAUCCACGUGAAAGGCACGGUCAACAGAUAGAUGCCUACGUUGAUGACUUGUUCGAUCCUGUCCUUGACCAAGGACCUGCAGAUACGGAAAGAGUAGCAAUGUUAAACCACAGGAUGAGAGGAGGAGGAGGCAUCGGACCAAUGUAUCCGGGUGCUCCUAUGUCGAUGCCAGGCUAUUCUAUGGGAAUGCCGGUUAACCCCUCAAUGCAAAGUUAUUAUCCAUCUCCUAUGAUGCCUAACAUGACAGCCAUGCCAAGCAUGCCAGCAAUGAUGAUGCCUCAGGCUCCCAUGCCUGCUCCUCCUGUCAUUGACCCAAUUCAGACAGCAGCAGCACAGCAGGCACUAAUCAACCAGCAGGCAUAUAUCAUGGCCCAACAAAUGACGUUGCAAGCAAUGAGUCUGUCCCAACAGCAGAUACAAGAACAGCAGAAGGAACAAAGGCAGAGACAGAAAGAGCAGGACAGAAAGCGAGAGGAGGAGCAAGAGGAGGCGAGGAAGUGGAGAAGGCGGUCUGAUCAACGGAUCAGUGAAGCUCACUCAGCCCCACCUGUCCAGUCCAAAACACCCACAACUAAAAGCACCUCUACCUGUCAACUUGAGCCAGAACCACAGAUAAAAAUUGAUUCAACGGUUCCAGAUAACCUACCUUCUUUUACACACAAGAGACAAUACUUCCAAAAGAUCGGCACUCAGCCCCAAGAUGAAUUCAAAACCCCAAAGCCUCAUCUGGUCCUCUCUAGCCCAGUUAAACAGCAGCACCCUCCCUUGCCAUUGGAUCGUCCAUCACCCCCACCUACAGCAUCUAAGCCUGAUGUGAAGUGUCCCUUGGUCCCUUCUUCUACGGAAUCAGAUCCUCCGAUCGAAAUGCCUACAGAGUCUCGGAUCACACCCACAUCCAACAUCAGAGAAAUCAUCAAACUUUACAACAGCCGAGCCCUCCCAGAGCCCAAACCAUUUGAGCCUGUCAGACCCUCUGCACGGCAUUUUAUAAAGAAGGGUGACCCCAAAGAGGAAGCUUUGGCCAAACUAAAAAACAGCUCACCAAUGCCAGAACAGAAAAAGUACCUGCCUCCUUCGCCACUUCCAAGAACCCCACCUUCGCCUCCUUCCGGGGUGGGUUCCCAAAUCAUUUCCAGCAACAUGAAGCAGAAGCAGCGCUCCCUGGAAAGCCUGUUUGGUUCACAGCGUUCGCAGCAGACUCCACCUAUCCCAACUGACUUGCCACCAGCUCCUCCACAUCCAACAUCCACCUUGCAGGACAUCCCUGACCCACCAUCCAUGGCUGCCCCAUCUCUCAACAUGAUGCCUGAAGAGGACAGCAUUCAAUCUGAGUUUCAGCGAUUUUCAGCAGGGGUCUACUUCUCUUACUCCAACAUGCUGGGAAAACUGUUCAUGCGAAAAGAAGUGUUUUACCCUAGAGAGAUGUUCAACCAUCCGUACAUUCUCAAUCUGUUAUGUGAACAGAUCAUGAGGGACACAUACUCUGACAGCUGUGUGAGGAUCAGCAGAGAGGAAAAGAGGAAGAUGAAAGACUUGCUCUCAAAUUUCAGUGUGGGAAUGACCAUAAGCACCAUCCAGGAUGACAACAUGAAAAAAAGGAUCGUCAUUGCUGCUCGAGACAACUGGGAAAACUACUUUAGUCGACUAUUCCCUGUGAUGUCAGACAGUGGGGAUGCUGAGCUUUUGGGUGUGUCUCAUCGUCGGAUUCAUCUCUUGAAGGUAGCCAGAGCAUCAGGCAUCAACCCAAAACAUCUCUGUCUGCUUAGAAGCUACAGCUUUGCAGAACUGUUCUCAGUUGACCAACAAGGUGCAGGCAGAGUGAAACUGGAGCUGAAGAAUGAAAACUUGGUGCUGCAGUCCAACAGAGCCCCUCAGAUCACUGCCAUGAUCCAAUUAUUCCUUCAGGAGCUCAUCAAGGACUCAGGUCAUGUCAUUGCCCUGAAGAGUUUUGUGACAGAUGACAAGAGUCUGCUCAGCUUCAGCAAGGGUGACAUCAUCAAAGUUCUACCAAUGGAAGGAAUCCAGACAGGCUGGUGUUUUGGGACCUUGGGAGGGCGGUCUGGUCUUUUUCCAGAAGAUGUUACUCAGCCAUCUGCAGCCCCGGACUACCACUCUCUCCAACCUGACCAAACAGAUCCUAAGAGAAAAAGCAUAAGAAGCACAAAAGUUGUCAGUCCAGCCAAGGGUGCUGAUUCAGAGUGGCCUAGAAGAGAGGCUUUGCUCCAGGGAUCAGUCCAGAGCUCAAUUCAGGGCUCAGUCAAUGAUUUGGAGAUCCUCUCAGCUAUGGCUAAGUUUGCCAUUAAAUACUUCAGAGUGGGGAAUAUGGGUCUUCCAGCCAGUGGAAGGAACUUUUCAGAGGUGGUUCAGCACACAAAGGUCCCCAUACAAGAGUCCCUCAUUCUCUACAAUGGUCCUGAAAUCAAUAAAUUAUCAGUCCAGUGCUUCAUGAACUUGAUGCAGUUCAUGGGUGAAAUGCCAUUGAAAAAGGAUAAAACCCAGUCAGACUGCCUUAGCCAUAUAUUAUUGCUAGGGAAAGAAAAGGAGCUGCUGCAAGAUGAACUUUACUGCCAGGUCAUCAAGCAAACCACCAACAACCCAACCAAAUCCAGUUGUACCCUUGGUUGGCGGCUACUCAGCCUGAUGACUGGGUUCUUCCCUUGCUCUGAUACUCUGCAGCCAUACAUCACACAACACCUACACAACAUCUCUCAGGACUAUGAACAUCCAUACCAAGAGCUGGCAUAUGUGUGUCUGGAUAAUGUUCAACGAUCUCUUGAUUUCGGUGGUCGCCGAAAUAUCCCCUCACAGACCGAGAUGGAAGCCAUUCUGGCUGGCAGAACUUUUCGACGCAUUCCCUUCCAGCUACCAGGAGGCGGUGAUUUCCCUAUGAAGAUACACAGCUUCAGUAUGGCAGCAGAUGUGGUAAAAGAGUUCUGUAAGGAAAUGGGCAUCUCAGAUCUCACAGAAAUCAAAGACUUCGCCAUCUUCUGCAACAAACUCAAAGAUGGAGAUGUGCGUCCUCUCCAUGCUAAGGAGUACCUCUUUGACUUUCCGCUGGAUGACAACUCCAUCUACUUGUCUCUGAGGAGAGUGAUGUGGAGAGCCCCUCUGUCCUUCAAGAGUGACCUCUAUAUGAAUUUCCACUAUCAGCAGCUCCUAGGCGACUAUCUGAAUGGGCGACUGAUCCUUCCUCCUGCUGCAGGGGGUUCCUCAUCAAUCCAGCACAUGGCAGAGCUCUCAGCUUUGCAGCAUCUGGCUCAAGGUCAAGGAAAUCAGCCCUCACUGCUAGAGAUAAAGCAGUACCUGCCCUCACAGGACGGAUUCAGCAGUAAAGCUGAGGCGAUUCAUUCCUUCUGUCUGGGUCAAAUAGCUGCAAUGCAGUCCCUCAGCCCUCAAGAUGCCAAAACAGGCUUCAUUGAGUUUAUGAGCAGUCUGCCUUUGUUUGGUUCCAACACUUUCUUGGCCCAGAAGGUGAGCCAGAGUGGCUGUCCCUCCCCCUGUGUGGUCAGCAUAAGCCAGGAGGGAGUGCUGUUUCUUGACCCUAAAACACAGGUGCAGGUGUUUAUGAUGUCUUUGGCUGAUGUACAGUCCAUGCAAACCAUCCGCCCAAAGAGACAUGGCAAAGUGCCAGCAGUCACCAUCCAUUAUGGCAAUUCAGCUUAUCCCCAAAAAGUCACCAUUCAUCUCAAACAGGCCAAGGAGUUGUGCCACAUUCUUGUUCUGAUUAUUGAAGAGUUGAUCCAGCUUUAAGUUACCAGCUCCAUUUCAAAUCACCUGUAAACAUUCUUAAUCCCACACACACAAACACACACGUUUGUACAUGUAUCUUAGAGCGGACACUCAUUGACCUAUACAUUUCCUAGCCCCCUACCCCUACCUUAACCAUCAAAACUAAUUCCUUUCCCUAAUUCUAAUCUGAUACAUGCUGCACUACACAUGCUGCACAUAAUCGGGAGAAUACGUCCCCUUCUCACUCAGAAGGAUGCACAGUUUCUGGUCAAGGCUCCGGUCAUCUCACGCCUAAACUAUUGUAACUCCCUCCUGGCAGGUCUACCUGCUAGUGCCAUCCGACCUCUGCAGCUCAUCCAGAAUGCAGCAGCUCGAAUGGUUUUUACCCUAAAUUCACUCACACUAAUCAGCUCCUUCACUGGUUACCAGUGAUUGCCUGCAUCCGUUUCAAAACAUUAGUACUUGCGUACCAUGCUGCGAACGGAUCGGGUCCAGCCUACAUCCAGGACAUGGUCAAAUAUUACAACCCAGCCCUUUCACUCCGCUCUGCAUUUGUCAAUCAGCUUAUUGCUCCCUCACUGCGAGCUAACCACUCAAAAAAAUCACGACUGCUGGCUGUCCUGGCUCCUUAAUGGUGGAAAGAGCUCCCCAUGACAUCAGGACAGCAGAAAUUAUAUACGUCUUCUGCCGCAAACUAAAUAUACAUCUCUUCCAACUAUACCUUGGAUAAAAGUUUAAUUUAGUAGCACUUAAAUGGCACCCACUUAUAGCACUUUGUGGUUUGGAUUUCUUGAAGAAAAUAGUAAUUUCUUGAUUCUUGUUAUUCAGGGUUUGAACCCUCAUGGUUGAGUGCAAUUAUUGUAAGGUGCUUUUGAUAAAAGCGUCAGCCAAAUGUAAUGUUAUAUAAUAUAAUCUAAACCCUAACCCUUAAAUGAUAAUCAGCCUAUGGGCCAGUAAGUGAGGACCGGACCAAUGUUCUCAUUUUCCAAAAUACUCUUUACUCUUUAGGGUCUAGGCUCAAAAUAGUCCACACAAAGAAACUGUAAAAGUACACACACACACACACAUGUAUAUAUAUAUAUAUAUAUAUAUAUAUAUAUAUACUGUCCUAGCUCAAAUCAGGGGACAUUACAUGAACUUGUAAUUGUAUGCUGAAAACUUACCUUAACCAUAACCCUAAUCACACAACUCACACACCCAAUUUUUACCAAAGGGGAGUUUUUUUUCUUAAUUGAUCUGUUUAGUUAUAACUCUUUGUGUUAUUGCUGAAAUUAACUGAAUACAAACAUGACUAUGCAUACAUAAGAUAAUAUUCUCUUCAGUGUUCUGUUAUCUGAGAUGAAGUACUACAGAAUUGACACAUGUGAUACUAAUAAUAUGACAGAAUUUGGAAUGUGUUCAUUUGUUAGCUGUAUGAAUAUGAAUGCUCUGAUUAUAUUCCUUUCGUGGUUUAAAAUCCAAUGAUAUCAUUACAGAUUUAAACAUCCCCAUUAUUGGAAUGUAUUUCAAUAAUAUCUUGUAAUUUUAGUACGUAUCAUUUAUAUGUAUUAAAGAAAUGUGUUGAUUCAAUUUA